AUGGCCCCUUACCUUCUUCUCAAGGCUAUAGGAUUUUUCCUUCUUGUGAUAGUUGGGAUACCAGGAAACACCUUCAUCAUUCUCCAAUUUACCUACAUCAAAAGUAAAGAGAAAAAACAUGUUCCAAGCAACAUAAUAUUGUCAGUACUGGCUUUAGCAAAUGUACUUGUCAUCUUCUCACGCAUCAUUCCACAGUCCUUGAAUGCAAUAGGAGUAGAAAACUUGCUUGAUGACAUAGAGUGCAAAUUUGUUAUAUAUACAUACAGAGUAAGCAGGGCUAUGUCUAUUUGUGUCACUAGUUUGCUUAGCUGCUACCAGUGUAUUCUCAUUGCUCCAACAACUAGAGUUUGGGUUUAUUUGAAGAGUAAAGUAACCAAAAACAUUAUGGGCAUUAUCAUUAUUUUGUGGAUUAUAAACUUCUCCAUUUACCCUUAUUGUUUUUUGAGUACUAAUGCAAAGAAAAAUGUAACAAAUUCACCAUAUACUCUGCAUUUGGUAUAUUGUGAUUCUGACUUUUUGACUUAUACAGCAUAUAUUGUCAAUGGAAUAUUUUACACUAUCCGUGAUGUUAUAUUUGUAGGACUAAUGACAUUAGCAAGCAGUUACAUGGUGUUCAUCCUUCUUAGUCAUGAGAAAAAUGUGAAAGCAAUUAGAAGCUCUAACAAAGAGCAAAAGUUGUCAGCUGAGAUCAAAGCUUCAAGAGCUGUCAUAUUAUUAGUUGUUCUGUAUGUGUUACUGUUUGGGUUGGAUAAUUCCAUGUGGGUCUAUACACUAACUUUAUCCAACGUGCCUUCUGACAUGAAUGAUAUUCGAAUAUUUCUAUCAUCCUCAUAUGCAGCUCUGAGUCCCAUUGUCAUCAUACUCACCAACCCUAAGCUUCAUCGCUCUUGGAUACUGUCUAACAAGCACAAGUUUUCCCAAAAACACACAGGAAGCACUGGAACUGUAUAUUCUGUAAGUAAAUACAGCUGA